AGCCACCAUGGAUGAGCAUUUAAUUAUGUAUAUAUGGAGCUCCACCCAACUCCAAGGCAGCAGAGACCCUGAGUAAUCGCAUCUCAAUUUCCUGGAAAGGGAACACGCCCAUUACAGACGCAAAAGAGAGAAAACGAAACCAGUUCCCUCUUCCUGGCGAGGCAGCAGCCAUGGCUGCUUCUGGUGGUCCCGUCCGGGAUCUCAGCGAGGAAGCCACUUGCUCCAUUUGCCUGGAUUAUUUCACGGAUCCAGUGAUCAUCCCGGAGUGCGGGCACAACUUCUGCCGAUCCUGCCUGAUCCAGUAUUGGGGGAAAUCCCAGGGAGAGGCUUCCUGCCCUCAGUGCAGGAGAACAGUGGAGCAAGGCAGCAUCAGGAGAAACCUGCAGCUGGCAAAUUUUGUAGAAAUAGCCAAGAAAUUCAGCCAUCUGGGGGGGGGGGGAGAGGGAAAGGAGGGAGAAGGAAAAGGAAGGGUCUGCGAGAAGCACCAGGAGCCCCUGAAGCUGUUCUGCAAGGAGGAUGAAAGCCCCAUCUGUGUGGUGUGCGACAGAUCCAAGGAGCACAAAAGCCACGAGGUGAUUCCUCUGGAGGAGGCGUCCCAGGAGUACAAGGAUCAGAUCAGCAGCUGCCUAGACAAUGUGAGGAAGGAGAGAGAGAAAAUUCUCGUAUUUAAAGCAAACACAGAAAAGGAAAGCCAAGACCUGCUUAAACAAACAGGUGCAGAGAGGGAAAAGAUGGUGGCUGAGUUCAGGCGACUGCACCAGUUUCUGGAAGAACAAGAGAAGCUUCUUCUGGCCCAGAUGGCAGAAGUGGAGAAGGAGAUUGCAGCCAAAAGGGAGGAACACCUGGCCAGACUCUCCAGGGAACUCUCCUCUCUUGACAGCCUCAUCCAGGAGAUGGAGGAGAAGCUUCAGGAACCAGCGAGUGAACUCCUGCAGGAUAUCGGAAGCUUCUUGCAGAGGUCUCAGGAGAAGGAGAACUUAGAGGAUCCUCCUGUGGCUUUUCCUCCUGCCCUGAAGUGGAGGAUCUGGGACUUCUGUGAUAUUAAUCCCUUCCUGGAGGGAGUCAUGCAGCAGUGCAGAGACACUGUGGAAUAUGGACUUCAGCUUCAAAAAGAAAACGUAACUUUGGAUCCAGACACAGCACAUCCCCUCCUCAUCCUGUCUGAGGAUCGAAAGAGUGUGAGAGAGGGAGGAGUGCGUCAAGACCUGCCAGACAACCCUAAGAGAUUUGACACAUGUUGCUGUGUUCUGGGGUGUGAGGGUUUCACAUCAGGCAGACAUUUCUGGGAGGUCAUUGUGGGAAGAGAGGAGACAUGGGGGGUGGGGGUUGCCAGAAAGUCUGUGAAGAGGAAGGGCGUUUUGUAUUUUAAUACUACGGAAGGGAUCUGGGGUUUGGGGAAGUCGGAUGGUGAGAUCAAGUUCUGCUCCCCCCGUAAGGCCCCUGUUCCAAGUGAGGAGCCCGAGAGGAUCCGAGUGACCCUGAACUGUGAAGGGGGACGGAUGUCCUUUUACGAUGCUAAUACAGCAGCCCUUCUCCAUGCAGAUACAGCAGCCCCCUUCUCAGGAGAGACCCUCCAGCCCUACUUUUUCGUGAGCAAGAAAGGGAACCUGAGACUCUCUUGAGUGAAGGUGCAGACAGACAAGUGUAUAUUCAUUGUCAUCAUGGCACAUUCAGUAUCCUCUUCAGGACUGAGCUGACAGGCACUUAAGGAGAAACCAUAUUUGCUGAACGGUGAUUGGCCAUCCCUUGUGUCAAUCAUGAUGCAACUCUCCCUUCUUGAGCCAACUUUGUAAAUGACACUGAUUGACUGGGUCCCCUGUCAGUCUCCAAACUUGCCGGUUUUCUCUCCGUUGGGAAUCGAGUACUUCUUUCGGUGCAGGAGUUGGAAAAGGGGGUAAGAAGCAAGAAAAUGAUUUAGGAAACAGCAGCAACCCCACACACAUUCCUGUUUCAAUGUAGUUCUUUCUCCAACCUCCAAUUCUGACUUAAGAUUUCUAGAGAUAAUACCAUCAUCUUUGCUAAAUAAAAUCAGAAUUAUGCACUGGCAUCACUUAAAACCUUCCUCAGCCUCAAUCCUGCUCUCAGAUUCCCUUUUCCUCCCCCAAGAUCUCCACUGGCCAGGGAGAUGGAAGUUCAAAAAUCCCUUUUUUUGCUACUCCUCAGGGAAGCUUAUGUGGCAAUUCAGCAAAAUCUCCAUAUCCAAAGAGACCUGUUUGCUAGUUGGGUGCAGUCGGUCCAAAACUCAGCACAACUUAACUUGCAUGAUCACAGCCUGAAGCCCUUUGUCAAAACACAAAUUAGUAAAUAGAGGGUGAGUCCAGUGGCGUAGUGUGGGGGGUGCAGGGGGGGCCGGCCGCACCGGGCGCAACAUCUGGGGGUUAGGGUUAGGGGGCGCAAAUCCACGGGUUAGGGGGCGCAAAUUACUUGCCUUGCCCCGGGUGCUGACAACCCACGCUACGCCACUGGGUGAGUCCGGGAAAAGCUCUUGGAAGGGACUGUGUGAGAUCUCACAAGAGACUCCAGAGCCCAGAAAGCAAUGGGGGGGGCAUUGGCAGUGGGGGGAAGAGUUUCUAAGUCCACCUUGCUUCCCGGCCUCUAGAAAGGUUACAUAAAGCUCUGAAGAUCUCUGGCUUCGAACAAGUAGGGAUGAUGAAGAAGAGGGGUUUGGACUUGAUAUCCUGCCCAUCUCUCCCUUUAAGGAGUCUCAAAGCGGCUAACAUUCUCCUGUUCCCUUCCUCCCCCACAACAAACACUUGUGUGAGGUGAGUGGGGCUGAGAGACUUCAGAGAAGUGUGACUGGCCCAAGAUCACCCAGCAGCUGCAUGUGGAGGAGCGGAGACGCGAACCCGGUUCACCAGAUUAUGAGUCCACCACUCUUAACCACUACACCACGCUAAUUGCGUGGGGGGCAUUUUUGAGGGUCUUCCUGACUUGUGCAAUACUGCCUUUGCAUGCUGACUCCAGGAAUGUAACCCCCACAUAGGUUUCAGGCCUCAAUGCAACAAAAUCCCCUCUGACAGUGAAGAGCCUCUGUCAGAAGUUCUGAGGAAAGAACAAUGACAAUCUAGAGGAUUUCGCAUGGGGGGGGGGAAUUCCCAUGUACAGUGGUACCUCGGGUUAAGAACUUAAUAUGUUCUGGAGGUCCAUUCUUAACCUGAGGUACCACUUUAGCUAAUGGGGCCUCCCACUGCAGUUGCACGAUUUCUGUUCUCAUCCUGAAGCAAAGUUUUUAACCCGAGGUAAUAUUUUUGGGUUAGCAGAGUCUGUAACCUGAAGCGUCUGUAACCUGAAGCGUCUGUAACCCGAGGUACCACUGUAUACAAUUAUUUUCUCCAAGGUGCUUUGUAGCGAACAGUCAGAUACUUACCUGUAUUUUUAGAGAUCCCCUCUUCUUAUCCUUUUGUGUAAUGGUCCUGUAAGAAUUUGGGGAUAUGUUUCAUGCGCUAAUGUGUUUGAUUCUAUUAAAGAUUGUACUUCUUGUU